CCACAUUGCUCGCCUUCACACCGCACAAAACAUUCUCAGACGUAUUUAUAAUUAUCCUCAUCAUCAUUGUUUUUCAUCUUCUUACUCGCUCUCUUCGAUCAAACUCAGUUAGUGUUAGGGUUAGGGUUAGUCUUAAUAUUAGGGUUAGGUUUUUCCCCUACUUUACAGUUUACCCGCGUAAUGUAGUGCAUCCAAAGCCCCUAAUUCUACCCUCUUACGAACAACAAUGUACGGUCCCAUGAGCCAGAUCGUCCCCGCCGAAGACAACGACGGCGCCGCCUCCAACCACCACAUUCAUUACAGUUCCCACACCAUCGAAGACGGUGGCGCCGGAGCCGAAGACGUUUCCGCUGACUCCUACGCUGCGCCCCCUGACCUCACUAUCCAUGACUCUAGCCAGCUCACGCUCUCGUUUCGUGGCCAUGUCUAUGUCUUCGACACCGUUACACCUGAUAAGGUUCAAUCAGUGUUUUUGCUGUUGGGAGGAAGUGAACUAACUUCGGGCUCGCAAUGUGUGGCGAUGUCGCCCCAAAAUCAGACGGGUGCGGCAGAAUAUCCUGUGAGAUGUAGUCUUCCACAGCGAGCAGCAUCAUUAAGUAGGUUCCGUCAGAAGAGGAAAGAGCGGUGCUUUGAUAAGAAAGUUAGAUAUAGUGUACGUCAAGAAGUUGCACUCAGGAUGCAUCGGAAUAAGGGUCAGUUUACUUCAUCAAAGAAACAAGAUGGAACUAAUAGUUGGGGUUCAGAUCAAGAGUCAGGGCAGGAUCUUGUUCAAUCAGAAACAUUGUGCACACAUUGUGGAACAAGUUCAAAAUCCACUCCUAUGAUGCGAAGGGGGCCUUCUGGUCCAAGGUCACUAUGCAAUGCUUGUGGGCUUUUUUGGGCAAAUAGGGGCGCUUUGAGGGAUCUUUCUAAGAGAAAUCAGGAACACUCUCUUGCACUCCCUGAGCAAGUUGAUGAAGGUAGUAAUAAUGACUUGGACUGUCAGAUUGUUAUCCCUGCACAGCAUAACAAUCUUGUUAACGAUAACAAACCUCUGGUAUCUGAUCGUUGAGUUUUUCACACAAUGAAAUUGCAAGUUCUUGACCAUGACUUUUGCAAGUUUAUAGUAAUUUAAUUCCAUUCAGUUUGACUUAUAGAAUGUACAGUAUAUAGCAAAGUUCAUCAAUACAAGAGGCCUAUUUUCAUA